AUGGCCUCCUCUCUUGCAGCACAGCUGUCGCAAAUUGCGGCAAAGUCGUCGCACGAGCUUGACCUAAAGUCGCAGCGGAUCUCUCACUCGCAGUCAUUGAUCUUUGACGCUAAAGUUGCAGGCGUACAAGAUUUUGACACAAUUUAUGAGAUCUGUCAUGAAGGAUUCCGGGAGCUGUGUUCUUUGGACAGUCGGUUCGAGGAGUUUGAGCGAUCAAUUUUCAGUGAACAGAGCAAGUCUGAAGAUCGCACUCAGAUGAACACCACUCAAAACAAUGAACUCGAUACAGUGAUCCAGUCUUUCUUGGUGCUUGUUGGGGGCAGAUUGCAGUUGAGUCCAGCGGUAAAAGCAGUGGACUGGUUAGUGAGGCGAUUCAGAUCUCAUGAGUACAACCUGGCUCCUAUGAUACUGACGUUCCUACCCUAUCACACAACACCCCUCUUUUUGAAUCUUCUCUCGAUUUUGCCCAAGGAUCUCACGCCAACUUUCAAAGUCCUUCACCCGUACAAAGCUAGCCUAGUGAACCCACCCCGUCACCCGCUUGUGCAUAGCGCAACUACAAACAAAUUGUUUUUUUCCUCUUUCAACGAUUAUGUCUUGAAAUCUUGCCGACAGGGUGCCCAGAACCAUGCACUACUCUCCUUUUGGGCCGGUCUCAUUACAGAGGCAGUAGCAGGCAUGCUAGAUGGUGCUCGUGCUGGCAGACGAGAAGCUGAGAAACAAAAACAUGAGGAUAUCAUCCUUCGAGUCCUACCAGUGCUCAGCAGCGCAUUCACAAUGAAGAAGGUUCCGGAGUUGAUCAUCAGCUGCUAUAUGAUUUCUGUUGUCUUGGCUCAAAAAGCCUUGCUUGCAGACGAUCUUCUCGAUGGCUUGAUGGAGAGCGUGGCUAUUUCCUGGACUAAGGAAACCGUAAGUUCAGGUAUUAUCUGUUUGUCUGUCCUCGCAGAACAAAGACCCUCCGUCAGCCUGCCCAAGAAGGUCUUCAAAGCGAUUCUACGUUUGGAAACCCCUCUCCACAAGUUGUCAGAACUCACAAGCCAAUAUAAAACCUCCAAGCUCUUCCUGGGCAUCAUUUCUGGCUGUCUAUGCGAGUUGAACCAGCAAAAGGACAACAGCCGCCUGAUUUUGCUAACCUCUAUCUUCGAGGCUGCGGUCUUGAAGGAAGACGACCUCAAAGAAGCAAUCACCAUGGUUCUCAAGGCUGGAAGUAACAUCGAAAAAACCCGUGGCAUGUCUUUGGACACUCAGACUUACCUUGCUGAAUUGGUUCAGAGCUUUAGCCGCUCCAGCGCUAUCCAGCACGUCUUUCAACAAACUAUCGCUGAAGCAUCUUUCAAUAUCCCAGCUCUCGAACAUAACUUGCAAACUGUUAUAGAUGGGCCGGUUCCCGACAAGGCGAUUGAGGAUGUGAUUAUGGAGGACGCGGACAAUGCUCAGAUUGUGGAUACGUUCACGCCUGCUCUCGAAUCCCUGACCAAAGAACCCCAGUUCUCAUCGUCAUUCCUCGGCGUGCAAUCCUCCUCCGUAUUCGACAAUCUCGUACAAGUAUUUGCCAUGGCUAUUGAGUCUGAAACCAAACUCUCCCAGUUCAUCAAUUUACCAAUCCUUGGUAAAGCAGACGCGAUUACGAGCCCUCAGUAUCUGUCUUUUUUCACUCGGGUGUUUUCCGGAUCUUACCCCAUUGGAACUAAAGUGGCUGCUCUGAAUGCUAUCUCUUCUACUCUUUCAUCGACAUCUUCUGAAGUCGACUUCCAGGCACUUUUACCCUUUAUCCUCGUUGCCCUCGCCGAUCCGUCAGAGCGGAUUCGCCGACAAGCUACUGGUAUCUUGGCAAUUCUUGGCUCUCACUUCAAGAAUGCCAAGAACACUGAUGAUACCACCGUCAAUAAAUGGGCUCAAGACACGAUCUACGGCAAGGGUGAGAAAUCCACAGGCCUUUCUUGGCUUUCUAGCCGAGAUAUGCACAAGGUGAUGGAUGACGCCUUCCUCCCUGGCAUGGAGGAGUACAUCCUUGACCCAGAUCAUAUUGGCAAGGUUAUUGACUCAGCCAUGCGUGGAUCGGUUUUGUCAGAAGACUCUGGAGCCUCAGAGCUGAAGAAGUCUGUUCGCACUGGUCUUUUCACUUUCCUCUGCUCCCAUGCCAUUCAAAUCCCUGUCUUUGGACCCAAACUUGGCUUACUACGACUACUCAAUACUGUCCAAAAGGUCCCGGGAACGACUCGCACGAAGGCACUUCUCCCUCUUCUCGAGAAUUGGCGUGACCUGACUCAGAAAGAGGUCGACGAUAUUUGUGCCAAGGAACGCUUGUCUACUUCUGUAGUAGAGCAAGAGGUCGUCGCAAUCGUUUCUGCUAAGGAGAUUGAAGCUAUCCAGAUCUUUGUGUCUAACAUUACUUCUCAGUCCGUGCGACCAUCGUUCAUGACAGCUGUUUUCCUGCGUAUGAAAGAAAUUUGGUCAAAGACCCCCGAAGAAGGUCAAUCGAAGGCGUCAGAGAAACUUCUUGACAUUUCACUUGAACUUUUCGGAGAGGAUAGCGCGGUGGCAGAAAACUGUCGCGAUGUUCUACGCAGUGUUGAACUCUCCGGCGCUGUUCUUGUGAACUUUGUCAAGAAGAUUCCAGUUUCCCUGACUGAUAUGGAGUCUGUCGGUCCGGCACCAAAGCGUAGACGUACCAGUCAGAAUAAUAUGGUUGCCAUGAAUAUUAAGAGCGAGGCAGAACUCAGCAAGCUCAUGGAGAAAAUGACGUUCAUUUUGGAGAUUGUUGAUAGUUCUCGCCCAGAUCUCCAUCCAGAAUUAGCAGAUGGCUUAUUCCAGACUCUUGCUGCUCUUCACCAUUUCAAGGCACAAAUUCAAUCUGGAAUGAGCUACCUCUUGAGCUUGACUUUGGGUAGCCUUCUAGCUAUUGUCAACAAGUCCAAGGGCUUGCCUAAACCGCUCUUUGAUACUUCAGUCAUCCGCGCCGAUCUGGUGGUUGACUGUGUGCGCACAACUGAGAGCCCUCAAGUCCAAAAUGCCGCCCUUCUUCUUGUUUCUGGAUUAUCUGUCAUUGCUCCUGAGCUCGUACUACACAGCGUGAUGCCAAUCUUUACGUUCAUGGGAUCCAGCGUUCUCCGAAAGGACGACGACUAUUCAGUCUCUGUUAUCGAUCAAACCAUUGAACAAGUUGUCCCAGCGCUUAUACAGUCUCUGCGAAACCAGAAGCGAGACAUCGUCUCAGGCACUUCGGAGCUGCUUCUAAGCUUCACGGCUGCAUUCGAACACAUUCCAUCUCACCGUCGUCUGCGUCUCUUCCACGCACUGAUCAGCAAGCUAGGCACGCAAGAUUUCCUCUUUGCUGUUCUCGCCAUGCUCGCCAAUAGAUACUCAACUGACAAGGAUGUGCUCACUCUGAUGAGCGGUCUAGUCUCUGACACUUCUCCUGUCGUCGAACUCACGACAUACAGUAAAUAUCUCAACCUUGUCAUCGAUUCGCUCAAAACUAAACCUGGAAUCUCCCGGGUUCUACUUGGUAUUGGUAGCGAUGACGGUCGCGAUCCUCAAAAGGUUGCCAUCGACUUGCUUCGGGACCUUGCUCACUUGUUCAAGCACUCUACUCUCAAAUCGAAAUUGGAAGUCGCAUUCGAGAUCCAGAACGAGGUCGCAGAUCAAGUCCGCGCUUGCUUCUCUCGGGUCUUGGAACAGGUCCUAGCCAUCGGCGAAUCUGUACAGAACAUGAAACCUGUUAACCAGGCAUGUGGUGAGGUUCUGGGCUCCUUGUUUGGUACAUUGUCCCUUGUCGACUUCCUUGAUACCAUUGAAGUGUUGCUACAAGGCCCCGACAACAACCUACGCCGCAAGGUCCUCAGACUACUAGAGAACCGCCUGCGCCAAACCCCUGAACGUGACAAUGAGUCGCAAAACCGUGUCCUUGACUUCUUGCCCAUCCUCGUCGGCAUCAUUGAAUCAUCGCCCGAUACUAUGCUCAAGCACGCCGCUGUCACCUGCAUUGAUCGCAUCACCGAGAAAUACGGUCGCAAGGAUCCAUCGAAGGUCAUCAGUGCUGCCAAGGUUGUCGCCAGUCCCUCUUGCUUGGGCCAAGAAGAUGAGCGUAUCCGCAUCAUGGGCGUGCUGUGUCUUGCCUCUAUGGCUGAGGUUCUUGGUCAAGCAAUGAUUCCUGCGCUUCCCGAUACACUGAGCCAAUCCUUGAAAUUGUUGGAGAUCAGCCUGAUCCCUGGAAAAGGGAACGUGCGUCUACACGAUGCAGUAUUCUCGCUAUUCUCUGCACUACUUGUUCACCUGCCGUUUAUGAUCUCGGCCGUUCACCUCGACAAAAUUAUGCUGCUUUCUUUCAAGUCCACUAAUUCAGAUCUUGAGGAGAGCUCUGAUGAGGCUCGUCUGGAAGCUCUUAGGUUGAUGGCAUCGCGCAAGAUGGAUCUCACAGUCACUCUUGGCACAAUUGAUCGUAAUUGGCAACAAGCCGUCAAAGCCGGCCCCACGGCCACCAACGAGGUUUUGGAAGUCCUCAAUCUCGCCGUUGAGAAGAACCCUAAAUCUGUAAUUGCGAAGAAUGUCGAAAUUCUCUCCAAGAUUCUUUUCAAGGCAUUUGAUCUGCGGCGCGAGCAGACAGCCCUCGGCGAGCAGGCUGACUUUGAUGCCGGGGACCUAGAUGAGGCGGAGAGCGCUCUGAACGAUAUCACCAUCAAAAUGAUUUACAAGCUUAAUGACAGCACAUUCCGUCCGCUAUUUGUCAAGUUCGUGGAAUGGGCCACAACUGGUGCAUCUAAACAGGACGAACAGAGUCAGUUGUCUCGACUUACAACCUUCUACAAGUUCCUCCAAGUCUUCUUUGGCACACUCCAGUCUAUCGUUACCGGAUAUUCCAGCUACAUUAUGGAUAAUGUUGUCGAAACUUUGAGCACUAUCGGUCCGGCGAAGAGCACCAAGCUAUUGUGGCUGGCAACCCUGCGCAUGCUCCGCAACUCAUUCGAACAUGAUCAGGAUGAAUUCUGGCAGUCGCCUUCGCACCUCACUAGCAUCUCUGGUCCCUUGAUUGCACAGCUGCGACAUGCAGUUACUUCCAAAACCACUGAACUUGUGAUUGAAGAGGUCAUUCCUACGAUUACAGAAUUAGCCAUUGCAGCUGAUGGUACCGACAACCACAAGGAACUGAAUAAGCAAUUGAUGAGGUAUCUCCGCCCAUCAACUGCGCCCAAUGCUAAGGCGGCUGGCGGUGAUAACCCCCUUACUCGUCUUGCAGCCCUGAAGGCAGAGCAGGCUCUCACCGAGAACCUUGGAGAGGAGUGGCUCGCACUUCUUCCAGAGAUGCUGCCAUAUAUCAGUGAAUUGAUGGAAGAUGAGGAUGAGAGUGUUGAGAGAGAAGUGCGCAAAUGGGUGAAGCAAAUAGAAGGUGUGCUGGGUGAGCGACUUGAUGAUAUGCUGACCUGA